AUGACUGAUGUUCUUCACGGUGAAUACGCUCACGUGUUGCCAGUUCAUCAUGAAGUCAACCUUCAGGUUGGAUUUCUGUAUAACACGGACAUGGAACAGAACCAGAAACCGCAGAUCUGCCACAUAAUAUACUUGAGAGAAUUGGGGCAGUUUGAGUCGAGGCUGAGUAAACGCCAUGCGGACUGGAUGACAGGCGGAUCGGCCGUGAAACUUUGGCAUUCUUUGUUUCUUAAAGCUUUGGCUCAAGAUGACCAGAGGAAGGUGGUUCAGCAGAUUGGAAAGCGGAAGCCCUGGAAAGGAAUCCUCCUCUUUGGACCUCCGGGGACCGGUAAGUCUUAUUUGGCAAAGGCAGUGGCAACCGAGGCGAAUGGAUCGACAUUUUUCAGCGUGUCUUCUUCGGACUUGGUUUCAAAAUGGCUCGGUGAAAGCGAAAAGUGA